AAAAAGAAGGAAUGAGAGCACACAUUCAUUUCCAGCUUAGCGAUAACACAGCGAACACACAAAGGUGUUGACCCAACAGUAUCUACCUGAGAGUAAACACACCAGGCUGACACAGUAACACUGAAGAAAGUACGAGGUGUUUUCAUUGGUCACCUGUUGCCUCGUUACACCAGGAUCACCACCAGUAACCUCUCUAUUGUUUCCUGUUUCUGGCAAAUCAUUGUUGAAUUACUGAUCACAGACGGGGAGACAGACAAUCAAGGAUUCCCCUGCCUGUGUUUGGUUGAGUUCUGGUGUUGUCAAAAGCAACACAAACAAAAAUUUGCCAACGAGUGGAGGAAAAAGCAGGUAGAGGCGGAGAGGAAGGCGUCCAUUUAGAGUCAUUCUGUUCCAUCGUCAAGGUCAUCGUCCUCCGUCAUGCCAGCCUCACAGACAGUCGUGUUUGUGGUGGUGUUGAUCUUCUCCCUGUCAAGCCUUGUUCACAGCUUCCAACCACUCUUCACAUUGGACGGGAAUUCCACGACUCAUCGUGUCAUCACACAGAGAGCGGUGCUCAGGAAGACGGCCGAGGUCUGUCGAGACAUCGCCACCGGGGCGGGACGAGACUUCAGCCUGACUAUUGAUAACAGCCUGACAGCUAGCAAAGUGCUGAGGGCCUGCUCCUCCAUGGGCUCCUCCACUUCUCUCCUCUCCUCUAUCAACUUCCAAACCUCCAUCACCAACAUGUACUUCAGCAAUGCCAAAGUGGACGUGAUUUUUGCACUGAGUGACGCUCACCAUUUUGAUGAUGAAUCCUUUGAGCGCGGACGGGAUAUCAUUACAUCAGGCGUGUCUGCUGUGAAGAAGAGUGUGGCGCUGGAGAACUAUGUCACAGGGAGAUGGACUCUUGGAUUUGUCUUUCAUACCCUACAGGACUUCUACAGCCACAGUAACUGGGUGGAGUUAGGGGAAACAAUCCCUUACAGGUCUCUGAUCAAACCAGAUGAACGUCUUGAGAACUUGGCAGGCCGAAGUACUCCGACCUGUAGAAACUGUACAGGAGAAAACUGUGCAGACAACCUUCUACCUGAGCUGAUGCAGCAGGGGCUUCUCACUUCAGGCUACUUCAACCCCUUCUCUUCAGAUAAACCCGCAGGUAAAUGCAGCCAUGGUGGAACUGUGGACAGGACAAGCAAACGUGAACCAGUAGGGGGGAUCAACAAAGACACUAUAGGGUCCAGUCAUGGCUCCCUUCACCCCAAAGCUGCUGAUUUGGCUGUGGACGCCACAAUGGAGCUACUGGAGGACAUAAGACAGGCUGUCGGAGACAAGAACUUCAUGCGAUUGAUGGGCCUCUCCCAGUCCACUGCGCUGUGUAUUGUCAUCGACACCACAGGCAGUAUGAGUGAUGACAUAGCCGAGGUGAAGAGAAUUUCCUUUGACAUCAUUGACAGAAGGAGGGGUACCCAGGAGGAGCCCUCCGCCUACAUACUGGUACCUUUCAAUGACCCAGACUUUGGGCCCUUGAUUCUGACGACAGAUGCAGACGUCUUCAAAGCCAACAUCAACAAACUGUCUGCAAGCGGAGGAGGAGACAUUCCUGAGCUGUGCUUGUCUGGACUGCAGCUCGCCCUGACUGCUGCUCCACGCUCCUCUGAGAUCUUUGUCUUCACCGAUGCUCCGGCUAAAGAUGCUCAUCUGAGGGGAACCAUCACUGCCCUCAUAGAGAACAGCAAGUCUGUGGUAACUUUCCUGUUGACAGAUGUCCUGGCCAGACGGCGCCGCAGAGACCUUCAGGGUGUGAGUACACGCGUGGUGAGCCAGUUGGACGCUCAGCUGUACAGAGACCUCGCCCGGGCCUCAGGGGGUCAGACCAUCGAGGUCAGCAAGUCUGACCUUUCUCAGGCUACAAGUAUCAUUGAGGACUCAUCAGCCAGUGCUGUGGUGACAGUUUUUCAGGUGGUGAGGAAUCCUGGAAAGCCUGAAAAUUUCACUUUUACUGUUGAUAGUUCUCUAAGGAACAUGACUGUCUACAUCACGGGAGCCUCGUCUCUCGCCUUCACUCUCAUAAGCUCUACAGGUGUUUCUCAGAGCUCCAGUCAGUCCAGCGGUCCUCUGGCAUCCUUCACCACAGCAGGAAACCUUCGCCGGUUAAGGCUCAACUCUGAAAAUCAAACAGGAUCAUGGGAAAUCAGGGUUGAUUCUAAUAACCCGUACUCUGUAAAGGUCACAGGUCAAAGUUCAGUGAAUUUCAUUUUCAACCUUGUGGAAGCUCAUGAAGGCGCUCAUGGAGACUUCAGUCUAAUGGAGCAGCGUCCACAAUCAGGUGGGAACGCCAGCGUCUUGAUCUCUGUGACAGGAAGUGAUAUGGUAACGGUCACAGAGGUCACAUUGGUUGACAGCUCAGGGUCAACAGAGGUCAACGGAUCACUGCAGGCAUUGGGAAGCGGGAACUUCUUGGUGACAUUCAGCAAAGUCCCAGCCGGCGACUUUGUGGUUCGUCUGAGAGGAGAGGACAGCAGCGCCACCUCCAGGUCAACGCCUGAGAGCUUCCAGAGACAGACCUCCACGCAGAUCAAGACCUCCAGCAUCUCUGUGACCACCGAAGCCAACAACACCAGCGUAGAACCAGGCUCCUCCAUCUCCAUCCCGUUCACAGUCGCCACAACCACCAAUGGAGUUGUCAACGACUCUGCAAGUGGGACGUUCACAGUGCGAGCCAACAACGACCGCAGCUUCACCUCGACGUCACCCAGCACAGUUAGUAUAACUGAGGGCAGCGGAGGCAAAGCCAACGGCACGGUGACUCUGACAAUACCAGGCGACGCUGCAUCAGGAACAGACGUGACCCUGACCAUCGUGGCAGAGAAUGCAGCGGCUACCGACACCAACUACGCACUCAUCAGGCUGUCUGUGGCUGCCAAGGUUACAGACAUUAACCGCCCAGUGUGCCAGGAAGUCAGUACAUCAGGCAUCUGUCCGUCCUCUGCGUCGCUCUGCGCUACUUCACAAUGGGAAUUCAUCGCCAACCUCACCGACGGCAUCAAUGGAACCGGCAUCGACAGCAUCACCAUCCGCAAAGGAAACGGUACCCUCAAUACCAGCUCGGUGACCGGAGCAGGGGGUGAGAAUGUUACAGUGGUCACCUACAGCGCCUCCUGCUGUUCACAGAAUGUAGAGCUGAAUGCUGUGGACAGAGAAGGAAAUGUGGGGACGUGUGUGGGACAGGCUAGAGCCACUACCAUCACUGCUGCUCCUGUGACAACUGCUGCUCCUGUGACUCCAGCUGCAGUUAGCACAACGUCCUCUAGAGGGCACACUUUGAGCACUUCACACUGUCUACUGAUCUGUGUUGUGGUUUCUCUCCUCUGGAAGUAAAGAAGGUACUUGGAUGUUGCAAAAAAAAUCUGGUUACUCCUAUCGCAGGUGUUAUGGCUUUGAUUUAAAUCAUCAGGUGUAUAUGACAUCUCAGUUAACAAUCAUCCCUUCAUGCAUUUAUUUACCUUCUUUGUGUUUUGGGUGUUUCAUUACAUUAAAGAGUAUUUAAAAGAUUGA